UUGUUACAGUGAAAUAGGUCAUAUGUUUGAAAUUUUCAAAAUUUUCGCCUUACAAUCGUCCAAAUCGGGACAAUUACUUCAGAUUGACGUAUUCUUUCGCGUACGCCGGGAUUUUAAGGAUUGGAUACAAAUGACACAGAAUUUUUAUUGAGCAUGCAUUCAACAUGUAUGUCAGAAACGCGACAAACAAUGGUACAGUGUAAUUUGUAUCCAAUCAAUUGUCGAUCAUCUAUGGGAUGAUGCAUGAAUCCGGCAAGACAGAUCCACCUGCUCUCCCUUACAGAGAAAUAUACGAUAUUUCUAAUUUUUAAUCGUUUGUUUGAAUAAAUGAGCUCCUUGAACAUUUAUGAAAAUCAUGUGGGCUCAGACGACAAUACAAUCACCGAGGUCGGACAAAAUUGAAGAUAUUAGUAAUUUUACACAACACACACAUAAGCCGGCGAAUUAAACGAACUGGCAUCGGAAAUGAAGAGUGUCCCCUUUAUUCCCAAGAACGAUUUCUUGCGAGAAAAUGCCCGGCAAUGAUGUAACGAAAGGAAUAAUCGAAAGUUUAGCACUAGCCGUGAAGGGAGAGAGCGAAAAGGCGCGGACCACAGAGGAGAGGGAGCAGACUAAAGAUACAGACGAUUUAAAUAUACAGAGUAAACCCUCUAUUAAGGAGGUCGUCGAACAGGACUCCUUGAACGAUUUAUCUGAAGAGGUUUUUACUGAAUUCAAACAACCGUUUGGGUACGAAGAGCUGCCGGAAUGGUUACGGAGCAACGAGUACGUCCGACACGGCUACAGGCACCAGAUCAAAUCGGUCGUCGCCUGCUUCAAGACCAUAUUCAGCAGGCACAACGAGACCGGCAAUAUUUGGACUCACUUGAUCGGCACCUUGAUGUUUUCUGUGUACCUAGUCGGCUUCGCCUAUCAGUAUUUGGGGAUCAUCCCGUUCCUCGACUAUCUGGCCAUAAUGUUCUUCUUCGUCGGCGCGAUUCUGUGCUUUUUCCUAUCAACACUGUACCACACACUGAUGUGCCAUUCUGAAGCGUUGGUGAACGCGUUUGCAAGAUUGGAUUAUAUCGGGAUAAACAUACUGAUCACUUGCUCCCAUAUCCCGUGGAUCUACUACUCCUUCUACUGCCGCAAACGCAUCAGGAACACGUAUGUGGCGACACUUCUCCUCUCGAGCGUGCUCAUCGCCCUUUGCUCCCUGUACGACAGAUUCGGCGAGGCGGAUUCUCGGGGUUUCAGAUCAGGUAUUUUCGGUUGUUUCGCCGUCUUUUCAAUAAUCCCGGCGAUCCAUUUAGUCUACCUCGAUGGCCUCCAGCUUGCCUACAACCAGGCAGCACUGGGAUGGCUCAUGCUAAUGUUCAGCGUCUAUUUUGUCGGUGCUACAUUGUAUACGUCUAGGUUUCCUGAGCGUUAUCGACCUGGCUACUUCGACAUAUUCUUUCAGAGUCAUCAACUGAUGCAUGUGUGUACAGUUCUCGGAAGCUAUCUGCAUAUGCACGUCAUCCACAAGCUGAUGUCGUACAGGAUGGAGACUGGGCCUUGCAUUGUCGAUUAAAAAAUUGGGCACAUUAUAUAUUUUUUUUACAUAUACAAAACACUCCCAACAAUAAAACAGUUGAAAAAAAUUGUUGAUUUA